CUUUGAAGUAUCCCUGUGAUGUGCGUGCAUUCAACUCUUAAUUUUCUUGACAGAAGUUGGUUCUGUCGCCGACUACUUCCAAGAAUAAAACUAAUGGGCUGAUGACUGUUAUCUAUUGGAGUCAAAUACAUUAUUUUGAUCCACCGUGCUAAGUCUACUCUAUGUCACCGCUACGUUGCCUAGCGUCGUGAAGUUGAAGAGGCCUUGGUGAAGAGUCUCGGCCAUCAGACAACCUGAUCAUGGGCAAUAAGGAAGACUGUCGUCGAGUAUAAGAAGCAACGAUUCUCCCAGCUCAUCUUAGGUUUUUUUAUCAUCCGCAACCAGAUCCAUCUUUGCAAACAGGUCAUCCAUCAUCUCUACUUCUUACACAUUCACCGAACCUUCAAGUUCCUAAAAGCACAACACAAUCAACAUGCAGCUCUCUACCUUCUUCGUCACAUUCCUGGCUACCGCCGUCCUCGCCAGCCCUGCCAAGCGUGGAUAUUUAGGUACCAAUGCUCUCUACGACGCUUGCACCGGUAUCUAUAGCUCUGCUCAAUGCUGUGCUACCGAUGCUCUCGGUGUAGCAGAUCUCGACUGCAGUUCUCCCAGCACAGUUCCCAUCACCGCGCUUGACUUCAAGACGACCUGCGCUCUCAAUGGACUGCGAGCCCGUUGCUGUAUCCUACCUGUCGCUGGUCAGGGCGUCCUUUGCCAGACACCGGUUGGAGUUUAAGAGACGGGUUGAAAGGUAUCAUGUAAAACUUCUGGGGAAAGGUCAAUACUCGGAUAGAAGUUAUUUCUCUUCAAGAUACUUCGCCUCGUCAAUAGUUUCUUAGAGUGUGCCUCGGUUGUGGCCAGUGUGACGAAGCGGUUAUGAUGGAUUAUUGAUCUGUUAAGGAUUUAUAAUUAUUUGAAAGUGGAAACUUUUCCAUUCUUCACGAAAA